AUGGCAGCAGAAUCAGAAGAAGCCAAGACUUGGGUGGGGAAUAUGUUAUGCUUCUUCUUGCUGUUUUCUGCAUCCAUGGCCAUAAUAGACCAAGGCAGGGACGGUAGUUCUAAUUACCAGAAUCUUGAGAUUCAGAAGCUUUCGAAGAAGUUGAACAGACCAGCAGUUAAAUCUAUAAAGAUGACACCAUGUUUUCACCCUGAAAAAAGUUUGCUUCAGAAAAGUGAAGUGUCUGCAAAAUCACAACCUGUUGCUCAAUUAUGGCAGCAGAGUGGAAGUUGCCCAGAAGAAACCAUUCCCAUAAGAAGAAUAAGAAAGGAAGACAUAUUGAGGGCAAAAUCUAUCCAGCAAUUUGGAAAGAAGAAUCUCAAGAACAUCCCUCAAUAUGGAUCAUUUGAAACUCAUUCCAAACACCAGUUUGCUGCAGUUUAUGUGAAAGGAGAUAAAUAUCAUGGAGGCAUGGCAACUAUGAACGUUUGGAAUCCCCAUGUUCAAGAGCACAAUGAAUUUAGUGACUGUCAAAUCUCAAUUCUAAACGAUAACAUUGGUAAAGGUUAUAAUAGCAUUCAAGCUGGUUGGCAGGUCAAUCCCCGGCUGUAUGGAGAUAAUAACACCAGAUUUUUUACAUUUUGGAGAGGUGGUUCAGGUGAAAAUGCUAGCAGGUGUUAUGAUCUUUUUUGCUCUGGCUUUAUUCAAGUGAACCAUCGCGUAGUCGUGGGAGCUGCCAUAAGGCCCUUGUCUGCCUAUGGAGAUAGCAAAUCCCAACAUGCUAUCACCAUUCUUGUCUGGAAGCUGAGUUCAUACUCUCGUGGUUCGGUCUCUUGCCAACAGCAGGAGUUGAUUGACAUAUUGAUAUUGUGGCUUAACCAAUCCGUUUCAUCUUGGGAAGUGCCACUUCUUGCUUUGCAGGGUUUGCAUAGCAUUAUAGAAGAGGUGAAAGAUCUGCUGGAUUUUGGAGAAUUUAGGUGCUGCAACCAACAAGAACUCUAUUUGACAGACGAAAUUGGAUAA